GAUUUGACACGAGCGGAGGACUCCCAAUGUCUGUGAUCCCGUCAAUGGUUUGUUUACCAGAAUUGCUCAAAGCGUACCCAGAGAAAUGCAACUGCAAUUCAUAACAUACAGGAAUUCACAUUUAAAUGUUUAUCCUUUUAAGCGACUCUGUCUUCAAUUGGAAUCCAGGCAGGUGACGUGUUGACUGGUAAUAGGGAAACAUUUACGACAGGUUCGGGAAAUGGAUUAAAAUAAAUACAGCAAAACAGAAAACAGCUUGAAGUGGUACUCCCUAACACUGCGAGGAACAAUUCUCACUAAAGAACAACAAGAUGCAUAGAUUGAUAUCAUAUAUAAAAUUCAUUUCAAUUGGCAUGAUAGUUGCCACAACUCUAUUCACUGUUACGGUCAUUCACGAAUUGUACCGACCGAGAGCGAUAAUGGACUAUCGUGAUGUCUCCAAAGGACAGCAAUCAUCGGUGCGUUGGGUCCUUGGCAACGAUGAUGAUGAUAAUCAUAACGAUCACGUGGUUCGUCGCCGGAUAAUGGCAAAGACGAAAUAUUCAAUCAUGGUAGACGCACCGUAUAAUAUCAACAACAACAAAAUAUGUCGUGGAGUAGAUAAGGUUUCUGUCCUUGUGAUGGUGCAUACCGCCCCAAACCAUUUCUUUAUCCGUUCUGAAAUGCGACGGACUUGGCUUAACACGACAUUCUACAGUCCUGAGAGUGUUCGUGUAGUUUUCCUGCUCGGCCUGGUAACAGAUGUCACUUUGCAAGUGAAGCUAGAGAUGGAAUCCAACAAAUAUCAAGACAUUAUACAAGGAAAGUUUAUAGAUUCUUAUCGGAAUUUAACCAAUAAAGGUGUAAUGGGAUACCGCUGGAUUACCGAGAACUGUAUGAAUGCAGAGAUGGUUGUUAAAGUCGAUGAUGAUUCUUUGAUCAAUUUCUUUAAAUAUUUCGAGGAAACUCGUAAUAAGUUAGCACACAAAAAGAAAAAUAUAUUCUGUAAUCGUAUUGAGCCAAAUACAAUGCCGAUUAUCCGAAAACGCAACAGUAAGUGGUAUGUCCAUGCCGACGAAUAUAGGUAUUUCUCAUUGUAUCCCCACAUGUACUGCAGUGGCUUUGUUGUAUUUAUAUCAACGGAUCUGGUACCAGCUUUAUUCCACGCAGCUAUCGGUGCACCUUUCUUCUGGGUGGAUGACUUUUUCUUGUUUGGUUUGCUCCCGUCCCGGGUGAAAAAUGUAAAUUUUGAUAAUUAUGGUAAAAAUUUAACUUUUAGUCAUCCAGAAGGCCUUAAAUGCUACAAAGAAAAACAUUCCAAUUGUACAUAUUUAGUGAUGCCUGCAAAAAACAAAGAAAUCGACGUUAUGUGGAAAGCUGUGAUAGAGGAUCGUAAACAAAGCAGUUAUGGUUACUAUUACAUGCGGUUAAAUCCAUAAAACCAAGACUCGCUUACGCCAGGUUGAAUUCGGCUUAUCGUCUUUACUAUAUCGUAUGCAUGCACACUGAAAGUAAUCUGGAUAUUUAUUGGCUACUGCGAUUCGGAUUUGGAAAUUACGUUCCUCGCGGCAGCCAUUUCUGAAAUUUUCAUGCCUAGAAUUUUCCCGUUUAAUUUCGUUAUGUAUGUCGUUCUAUAAACGGCAUCAAAAAAUGUCAGAUUUUCUACGAAAUCUUCUUAACUAUGCAUUGUUAAUCUAUUAAACUUCGAAUACAGAUAUAACGGUUCUUUGUCCUGAAGUCGUCGAUUUGCAGAUGUAAGUUAUGCUUUACCCCAUGAACUAUAAUACUAUUGUAUAUAAGAACACUUACCACGUUGCAAGUUUAAAUUAUCCCUUGAAAUAAUUAAGUUUGACCUACCCCUGGCACAUAUAUUAGGACUUAUAUGCUAAAGUCAUCAACACACGAUUCCAUAUCGACAAAAAAAAAAACAUUCGGAGGACGACUCUAGUCUGAUUUAUAAUCAAUUAAAAGUAAAUAUCAGACCAUUUACUGGGAGCUAUGAGGCAAUACUGGCUUUCCAUAUAUUACACACAUGGUAAUUAUGAGGUGAUAAUAGAUAAUACACAUAAGAACUAUGAGGCGAUACUGACUUCCCAUUGGCUAUGCACAUAAGAACUAUGAGGCAAUACUGACUUCCCAUUGGCUACGCACAUAAGAAUCAUGAGGCGAUGCUGACUUCCCAUUGGCUACUCACAUAAAAAUUAUGAAGCGAUACUGACUUCCCAUUGGCUACGCACAUAGAAACUGUGAGGCGAUCCUGCCCGUUCCCCCAGAAAGAUCCGAUAAUGUUCGCUUCCUCUGGCAAUUACAAGUUUUUUUUUGCGCGAGAUUGAACGUGAAUCUAUUUUAGUGUGAUGACGAAAAUGUUUGAAGUUGACAGGCCAUUCGGUGGUGAAAUAUUUUUGAAGACAUUUUUCUUAAGUACCAGAAAUAAACAAAGGACAAUAACUUCUGCUGAAAAUGCUAAAUCAUUUUGUUCAGGGAAACAUAUCUUAAAAUCGCCAUCUCUUCUUAUCUGUUGUGAAAAAAAUGUAAUCAUUCUUGGAAUGUUGAUAAAAAAAUAUGAAGGCAUGAAAGAAACUGGUAAAAUGUCAUUGUAUAAUACACAUUACCCAUUAUGCAGAUGGCACUAGAGUAGCAUUGGAGGGUUCUUGAAAAAACUUUAAGAUGCAUUCUUCUUAACCCAACCCAAUUAGUAAAAUUCCCUGGACCAGAUAUUGAUUUAAUAUGUAACUGGAUUGGGGUUAAAUCAUGUACUAUGUAAUACCAAACAAAACAGACAAUAUACUAUGGCUCUUCCACAAUGCUUUAAAUAUAUCUACUAUACCAUACAAAACAGAUUCUAUACUGUGAUUUUACCACACUGUCUAAGAUAUAUUUACUAUGUAGUUCCAAUCAAAACAGACAUGAUACUGUGUCUCUACUAUGUAAUUCCAUACAUAUCAGACAUUCAACUGUGGCAGUAUCAUACCGAUAUUUCUACUUUGCAAUAACAAAUGUACACAGAGGGAUCUGACUUAAUAACUCAUGUAUUAACCAAUUAAAAGUAAAUACCUGACAAAAAUAUCUGAAGAGCUAGAAUUCAUAAAACAUGCCAAAUGCUGGAAAUCACUCAUACAAUUUGUUUUAAGCAACAUCAUAUUGUAAACAUCAAUGGUUCCAAUAUAGAAUCAGUCACAACAAAUAUGUAACCACAAAACAAAUAAAAAGAAAAUAACCUCUCAACUCUGUUUUGCAAAUGAUAUCCAUUAGGGAGUGUCAAGUAGUAAAACAAUUCGAGAGGAAACUUAACUUCGGUAAUACAAUCAAGCAAAUAAGAUUAACGGUAUUCAAAAUAUUGACAUUUAUUUUCAGCAAGCAUAGAAAAUCACAAGAAAUAGCAUAUCUUAAUAUUUUCCUUGAUAAAAAUAUUCUAUAAUUAUAAACAAAAAUAACAGAAGGCUUUCUGAACAUAGCAAAUUUGAAGAACAAUUUUGAAAUUGUCACUCAAUAUAAUGCAUGAAUCAUUAUUCUUUAUCAAAUUAAUAUUUAUCAUGUGUGAAUGUAUGUAUGUAUGAAAGAAAAUAUUUGUUUUCUUUCUUCAUCCCUUUAUUUGGAGUAGUUAUGUAAUCAAAAUAGUCUCCAUAGAAAAAUUCAAUAUAGUAUAAACAAUAUCCUGAUUAAUUGCUAUCUACUUUAUCCAGCUAUAUGUAUAUUUUUUGGAAAAAUAAAUAACGAAAGUGAAAUCAA